AUGAACGCUACAGCCCCGCGAGGACAGCGGGGCGCCGGCAACCCUGUAGCCGCUGUUCCCGAGGCGGGGAUUCGAACCCAGGUCAGCGCCGCCGCCGGGCCGACAGCCGGGCCCCGCGGGGCUUCUUCCCCCGCCCUCCAGCGAGGGGCUCCCGCUCCCUCCGGCCGCAGCAGCACCGCCUCUAGGACCCAGGGGAGCCGCGAGGACCAAUGGGCGCCCGCCAGCCUGGGCCUCGGCCUGGGACUCGGGCUGGACGGGCAGCGCCAGAGAAGGCGAGUCGCCUCCCAGCGCUGUUCUCUUGAGUUCCUGGAAGACGCUGUGGGAUGUGCCUCGGUUCAAAGAACCAAGCACAUUUCCGGAUCCCCAAGACACAAAGGCUUGAAGAAGACCCACUUCAUCAAGAACAUGAGGCAGUAUGACACCAGGAACAGCAGGAUCGUGCUCAUCUGUGCCAAGCGGUCCCUAUGUGCGGCCUUCUCGGUCCUGCCCUACGGAGAAGGCCUGCGGCUCAGUGACCUGAGGGUGGACAGCCAGAAACAGAGGCACCCGUCCGGCGGCGUCUCCGUGUCUUCUGAGAUGGUCUUUGAGUUGGAGGGCGUCGAGCUGGGAGCAGACGGGAAGGUGGUGUCUUACGCCAAGUUCUUGUACCCUACCAACGCCCUGGUCACACACAAGACAGACGGCCACGGCCCGCUGCCCCAGCCCCGGCCCAGCAUCCCCCGUGCUCUGCCAGGCUCAAGAUACAAACCGGCCCCGGCCAAGUCAGCGCCAGCUGGCACGGAACUAGGCGGCGACGCUGGGGACGUGCUGGACUACAAUCCCGACCUGCUGGACGACCCGCAGUGGCCCUGUGGCAAGCACAAGAGGGUCCUCAUCUUCGCCUCUUACAUGACCACGGUGAUCGAGUACGUGAAGCCCUCUGACCUCAAGAAGGACAUGAAUGAGACCUUCCGCGAGAAGUUCCCGCAUAUCAAACUGACCCUGAGCAAGAUCCGGAGCUUGAAGCGCGAGAUGCGGAACCUUUCUGAGGAGUGCAGCCUGGAGCCCGGGACCGUGUCCAUGGCGUACGUGUACUUCGAGAAGCUGGUCCUGCAGGGCAAACUCAACAAGCAGAACCGCAAGCUGUGCGCCGGCGCCUGUGUGCUCCUCGCCGCCAAGAUCAGCAGCGACCUGCGCAGGGGCGAGGUGAAGCAGCUCAUCGACAAGCUGGAAGAAAGGUUCCGAUUCAACAGACGGGAUCUAAUUGGGUUCGAGUUCACGGUGCUGGUGGCCUUGGAACUCGCGCUCUACCUUCCCGAGAGCCAGGUGUUACCUCAUUACCGACGCCUCACGCAGCAGUUCUAGUCAAGGCCGGCCCCACUGCCCACACAGCCCUGGUGCAGGCGCCCGCACGGGCCCGGGAGGUGUUUGCAGGCACCGCACGCCCACUGGGCCCCACUUCGGCACCCAGCUGGGGCACCCGCCUGGCGGGGACUCGCCUGCCCUCUGUGACUGACGCCAGUGUCUUCACACCCUCGCAGCCUUGCAGGGACACUAUUUCUGUUCCAAAGCACACUGUGUCCGUGGUAUUCCUGAGAGCCUGAACAAGACGGGAGGUUUUGUGUUCUUUGCCACGUGCCUGAGAGUGGGCUGCACGGGGACCCUGGCUUACCCGUAUGGCCACCCCAGCUCCGCGGCAUCCUUCUUUGCGUCUUCCGCAAACCACCAGUGAAGAUCUGGGUUCCCGCACCCUCCCCAACACACUGAAAUUGCUGAAGUUAAUGUAAUGAAGCCUUGGGCUUGGCUGCAGAGAUGCACCCCUGCACCCCGACGGCCUGGCUCCCUCCCGCCCAGCAGCGACUCCGGGGAUGCCCGCCCACCUCCCCCCGCAUCCACAGGUGGAGCUCUGGCAUUAGAUUGAGCCAACCGGAGCAGACUCUGGUUUCUCUCAUCUGCUACUCUUCCGAGCAUCGUGUCACUGUGAAAUCCUGGUGCCGAGUGUCCUACAACCCAGUGGGCCUUGGCAGACACUGGCCUGUCCCUGGGGACCCUCACCUCCCCGCCAGAAGCCGUUUGCCUACGACACUCUGGACCUUCAGGAUGACUGGAUUGCUUGCUCUUGGCUCUUGAUCUUCCUAAGCAAUAUUGUGUCGGAGAAAAACUGUAUUUAUUGUUACUCGCAAUUUGGUUCUAUGGGUCUUUUUAAGGGAAGAAAAAUUGGCUACAUGAGAUCUGUUGAAGUUGUGACUUGAAACCACUUGAUCCCCAAGCAGGCAGGAGAUGGGCUCCCCCAUGGCCCUACCUCCCUAAGGGGGUGAGUGCUCACAUGGUUUCUUCCCAGGCAGGCAGGAGCAGUAGGCCCAGCUGUCAUGAAAGGAGCCCAUUGGGUAAUGGCGGUCACCUGUGUACAGGCCUGUGCCCCUCAUGCCCACCAGGGCCCGUGUUGUGCUUUCCCAGGUCUGUGUCCUUCCCGCACCCUCUGUGACCUGGUUCUCCCGCGUGCUGCCCCACCAAACACUGAAGAACCAAGGAGUUUCCCGCCUUGGGUCAGCUGGGCUCUUCAGCCGCUCCCCUGCUGCUGUCCUACGAAGCGGUCACAGGGCCCAGGCUACAGCCCCACCCCAUCCUCACGUGAACUGGUGCUUCUGCGAAAGGGAGACCCCAGUUCUCACCACAGCACUUGGGCACCCGCGUCCGCCCACAGGCCAGCUGUUCCUUCCUCCCCUCCAGGGCCAGCGGAGACUGAAGCACGAAUGCCAAAGCCCAAGUCCGCGUUCCAACCUCAUUGAUUGUGGAGCACCUCCCUGUCCUCUCCAGCGCCGCCCCUUAGCCCCCAUGAACCCAAGGGGAGGGUGGAGGUUCCCCUCUGGAUGGCGACCUGUCCCGCCGCCUCUCAAGGAUAUUUCGGGUCACAGGUGUUGCGAGGGACCCACCCCGAGUAUACAUCCUGGUUCACAGCUUCACCUCAGAAGAGGGCACGCGUCCCAGGGAACUUCCAGGCAACCUUAGAGCCGCAAAGACAGGACCCGUUGACGUGUAGACAGACCACCGGUAACUUCUCCGUUGGCGUGUCCUUGUGUCCCCCAUGCGGGAAGCUGCUCUCCUGUGGGACUCGGCGGUCACCACAGCAAAGCCAGUACUGAAGCCAGACUUCAGCCUGACCCCGCGGCAGGUGUCUGAGGGCCUGACGUUCUCCACGCUCGCAGCGGUCGUGGGCGGGACGUGCGCUCGGGACUCUGCGACCUCAUUGUGCAGUCACAUGUCACGUGUUUGCAAAUAGUAAUGUGUUUGGUUCACAGUAAAACGUGGUUUUGCACCGUC